UUGUUGUCUUCCCUGUUUAUAUUUAGAAACAAUUCCCUGCUCCUUGAGUGUCCUGUGAAAGGAUCCCUUGUGAAAGCCGAACGACGCUGCAGCUUGAUUGAACCCCAUAACUUUGUUUCUAACUGCUUCAGUAGCUUCAAUCAUUUCAGGGGAAAUUGGGGACUUUACUUUGUUCCAGAACGGAUUGUCUACAUGGGAGGGCUGCGGUCGUACUUGGGCUGAAAUUGUGAACAUUUAACGAUUAGAGAAGUUAGAAGUGUAAUGCUAUAAAGAUUUUUACUUGCCUCUUUUAAUAAGAGCUGCAGCUCUGUCUUUUGCAUCCAUGAGAGAGGUCACCAAAUCAGCUGCAGUUUCGUAACGUUUCAAACGCUCGAUAAGUUUAUCGACCGUCGACACGGGGAUGGAAUGGAAUUGAUCUGGAUCGGGAAGAUUGAGGUGCAGCUCGCGUGCAAACAGAUUCCAAUGUUCACUCAUUGGGCCAUCUCCCCAGGACUGCAUGUAUUCAACCGUAGAUGAUGGAAAUUUGGAACUUUGCUGCAGCAGGUGGUCUUUCAAUAUUUGUUCAAGAUGGUGCAGUUUUUCCAGACAGUUCGAAGGUUCCAGAGCAUCAAUUGCAUUUGUAAAAAUGCGCGUCCAGGGUUUGAGAAGGAGGAUAAUGCUUUCCUCAGCAGUCACCAUGUGUAAGCUGCAGCUGAUCGUUGGGGCAUACGAAAUCCCGUAUUUGAAUACCUGGCUGUAGAAAAAAUAUAUAAACAAAUGUCAACAAUAGUAAAGUCUGCAGACAAAAUUAAACAAAAUAACAAACCUCGGCUUGCACCCUUUUUCAUUGAUGCAGCAGGUUGACCGCCCCCGCGUUGUACACUGCAUGCUUCGGACCAGACUUUCUGCCAAUUGCGAUUGCAACUGCGUCCCAGUCACUGUCCACUAAAGGAGAGAGGAAUAUCUCGUGAUAUCCUGCAAUGUCUGCAAGCAACAAUAAAAACAAAUAAAUUCGUGCCAUGUGACUGCAGUCCAACCCGAGGAAAUUAACAAAUUACCUUCAUCAUCAUCUAAUUUACGAGCCUGAAUAUCCCCGUUGUCGUCAUAAUCCAGUAAAAGGGUCUCAGAUUCUACUUGUAUGGCCGGAACUCCAUCCCAAUAAGGGUUUUCUUUUUCUGGGGGCUGUGGAAUCAGUUUGGCUAAAACGGUAAAGAAUAAAUUAAACUGCAGUUUAACAAUAGGUCGAAUUAUUUAAACUUACCUCUAGAUUUCAAGGCUGAAGCCGCAAUUGAAGGAUCCCACAGUUCCUCCAGCACCAAACUAGCAUCUCGACCCUGCCAACGUAGAGAUUUAUGGAUGGCGUUAAUUGUUGAAACCGGGACAGAGAUAAAUUGUUUCGGAUCUGGGAGGUACAGCUGCAUCUCUUUCGCGAACAAGUUCCAGUGCCCCAGCAUGGGUGCAUCCCCCCAGGACAACAUAAAUUCAACAGUUGAAGGUGAAAAUUUGGAGGUCUGCUGCAGCAGGUGGUCCCUGAGAACAUCUUCGAGAUGCUCCAACUUCGUCAAACAAUGAGAGGGUUCCAUGGCGCACGGCGAGUUUGUAAAAAUUCUAACGAAGGAUUUCAGCAUAAAAAUGAUCUUCUUUUCUCCUUGCACCUCCUCCCCCUCCUCGUCUUCUUCUUCAUCUUCUUCCUUCUCUUUCCGGCCACUAAGCCGUUCUUGAGUAACGAGUCCUAAGCUGCAGCUUAAUGUGGGAGCGUAGGAGAUUCCGUAUCUGGAUGACCGGCUGUAAAGUUAUUUGUUUUUAUUAACCAUGAAGCAAGUCUGCAGACACCACCGCAUAUUUAAAAAAAAUACCUGGCUUUACAUCUUCCUUCCCGAGAUCGUUGUUGCGCCACUCUCGUCAGAUUUUUGUGAAACGUUCGUCCGACCACUGCUGACAUUGUCUCCCACGUGUGGUCGACUAAUGGUGUCGUGUAAAUUUUGUUGUAACCCGUACAAUCUGCAAAAUAAGUAAAACACACUGAAAUGACUGCAGUCCAUAGUACACAAAAUAUAAAUUUUUUACCUUCAAUUUCGGCGAUGUCGAUUUCUCCGUUAUCAUCAUAAAAAAGUUCGAGAAUUGUGUCUUCAGACAUUGUAAAAGGUUGAGAGAUGGACGUCAGGAAAAAAAUUUGAAUUUUAUAAUUGUAUUAUAAAAGAAACUAAAGUUUUUUAACAGUUUGAGAGAGACUGAUUUCUCAUGCGUGCAUAAAUACGUCACAUGAAUACAUGCAAGCAAGCAGACUGCAGUCGUAUCUUUGUUUCCCACUGUCUCAUUUUCCCAGCGCGAAAAUCGUAGUUUAUUUGCUUCACCUGUUCUUUGAAAAAUCAACUUUACUUUUCUCUCCAGUAAUUAAUUUUUGUCAAAAAAUAUGGAGUUUUUCGUUGGAUGAAUGAGACGUCACGAUACCGAGUCACAUUGGGGACUUUAUGGCCAGUUCGUUCAGAGUGAUUUACUGGAAGGUUUGCUGUUACAUUUGUACACGUCGACCUGCGAGAAGGCCUCGCAGUCAGCUUCGAAGAGGUAGAAGUGUUCGAGGGCCCCCACCAAGAGGAAGUGUUCGUAUGAAACAACGGUCAAUCAGAAGAUCAGCAAGAAUAUCUCAGCGGUCAGCAGAUUCUGCAAUGUCAGACUCUGUCGUUUCAACCCUAUCUGAACCAGGAGUCAUUUACGCAUCACAAAAGGCUUAUUCGUCUACAAUGCCGCCUAGAACAACACAGCCCAAAUCAAUUCAUCAACAUGGUCAUGGACACAGUCACACGCACCAUCAUAAACGAUCAACAAAGUCAGCAGAGCCUGAGUUUGGGCCAAAUUUGCCAGUUUUGUACAACAAAUAUGCAGAGGAUUUGGUCCCAGUGGUUCCUGCUCAAACAGAUCAGACGCCACCAUCCUCGUCGCAUAGAAUUUCAAGAAAUCGUUCUGUGCCUCCUGAAUUGAUGAAACCUCCUGAAGAGCCCGAAUUUUGGGAUGAAGAUUAUGAUGACUACGACGAGAGUGACUACGAGGAUGAGGAUCCAGGAAAGCGUCCCGUCCCGAUUUGGUUGUGUUCAGCAUUGGUCAUUGGUUACAUCAUUGGAGGCGCUUUCCUAUUCUCGAAAUGGGAAGAAUGGAAUUUUUUGGACUCUGCGUAUUUUUGUUUCAUUACAUUGACAACUAUUGGGUUUGGAGAUUUUGUACCCACCCAGGAAUCAGAAGCCAGUAUUGCCCUUUGCUCAUUAUAUUUGCUGUUUGGAAUUGCAUUGCUCGCAAUGUCGUUCAAUUUGGUACAGGAGCAAGUUAUCAAUUCCGUGAAAGAAUUAGCCAUGACUUUGGGAAUCAUUGACGAAGAAGACGACCGACAAUAGAAUAGAAAUUCGUGUGUUCAUGAUAGACUCAAGUUAGUAAAAGACAACUGUAUAGGUUUUCAAUACUACUGUAUGAUUAGAUUUGUACAUUAUUUAUACGUACUGGAUUGACGGUAAAAUUUACAUAUAUAUGCCAAAAUAUAAACUUACAGGAAAUCACCAAGUGUAGGACAUUAACUCAAACAUUUCACAAAUAUUUACUUAUCCUUGUAUGGCCAAAUAAUUUCAUUUCUAUUCUUCUUUCCUUCACCAACCAAUGUAUGCGAAUAUUUGUACGGAUGGGGUAGAUUAUUAUGUUGGGAAUUAUCCAGAAAGUGAAGUUCUCGUUCACUAUGGACAGAUCUGAAUACUUUGGCUUUCUGCUGUCACGAGCGAAUCCACACAUUUGCAGGAUUACCGAUUGAUGAAACAUUUGGCUCAUCUGCACAAGUGUUUCUUAUUUGCAGUCAAUAGCAUUGUCACAGAAUUUCGAAGGUAAUGUUGUCUUUAUCUCUGAUUACAGAGAAUUAAUGAUGCGUAUCUGCCUGGAUAGAUGAUGACGGUGAUGCUGAUAAGUUAUAUGACCAGUUGUUUGGCCUGCCAUGGAUUAAAAUCUGUGCCAUAUGUAUGUAGCUUGAAUAGUCGGAUAAUAUACGAAUUAUGUAUAUACAUAUGUAGGCAGUCUGUUUCAUCAAGUGUAAAGUUCCCUAGUUAAUUUUCGUAAUUAAAAGUUUCCAGUUUAUAAUAAAGAACAAAAUGCA